AUGCCUGUUUACUACGUUAAGGCCGUAAGUACAUGCACCUUAGUUGUUUAUAAUUUUUGCCAAACUAUCAAGUUUAUUCAAAAGGAUUCACUUGUACUCUUGCAUGCUUAUAGACCUUGCAUAUGGGGAUCCAGUGUCUUCUGGUACCCUCACCAACGGGCCUACUGUUCUGCGUUCAAGUCCUGGUCCGGAUAUGUCAACGCUGUUGUUGACAUAUUCUUCACCAAAGAAACACUUGCAAUUUCAAGUGCAAGGGGAAGUGACAGAAAAGGCAAAAGCGGUGAUGCAAACAUUCCGUUGACCCCCCUCAUCAUUGAUGCCCUUGUUGGUAAAGUCUGUUCAAAUUUUUCAAAGGACUCUCCUCAACCGAGCCAAAUCAUACAGAAGAUAAACAUGAAAUGUGUGGAAGCUAGAAGGCCCCCAAGAGUACGAGAGCAACGAGCAGAAUGA